AUGAAUGCUCGCAGAGAGGGACCUGACAUCUUCUCCAACGGCCCCAUCCAUUACGCAAGCCGAAGCACCCACGAUGAAACUACUCUCACGGGCCUGUUAAACAAUCAAACAUUCGCCUGUGCCCUCGUCGCCGUUUUCUCUAUCUAUUUGUUUCUGGAUCACUUUGGUUUCGCCCCGGUUUCGCUGAUCCGUCUCCUCUGGAACAUCCUCGUCUACCUCACACCCUCUCGACUCGUCGUCGCGUUAGAUUCCCGCAUGUCGUACUCGGACCCCUCCGCCCCGAGCCCUUCACAGAUGACCUUUCACCUGAAACAUGAGGCGAUGCAGCGUAUCUUCGGGCUCGACAACAACUCCUUCCCGUUCUUUCCUCGAUCACGAUCCCUUUCAGGUCUUGGGAGCGCCCUCCUCGGCAAUAACAAGGAUGCCGUACCUUCCGGGUUGGGAAACUGGGACAACUCUUGCUAUCAGAACAGCAUCAUUCAGGGACUCGCCUCGCUAAAGUCCCUUUCCGCCUUUCUAGGUCAAAAUGUUGAUGCGCUGGGGGAAAAGGGCUCGUUCUCGACACACCAGGCGCUGAAGGGUAUUAUCGACCUGCUCAACAGUGCAUCAAACUACGGAGGCAAGCACUGGAUUCCCGCGGACCUCAAAUCUAUGAGCAGCUGGCAGCAACAGGAUGCGCAGGAGUACUUCUCGAAAGUGGUGGAUCAAAUCGACAUCGAAAUCCAACAAGCUUCCAGGGGAGAGACAAAAAACGUGGGGCUCAAAAUGACCGGCCCAGAGGAGAAUAUUCUCCGAGAUAUUGUCCAGAAUGCAGCGCCAGCGGAUGAAAACAUAGAGACCCCCGUCAUCGAGAAAUCGUCAUUGCGCAACCCUCUUGAGGGCUUGCUCGCCCAGCGAGUGGGGUGCAUGAGGUGUGGGUGGACAGAAGGGUUGUCGCUUAUCCCGUUUAACUGCCUUACCGUGCCCCUUGGAGGCAAGUUUGAAUAUGACGUGCGCGAGUGUCUGGAUCAAUAUAUGACCUUGGAGCCCAUCGAGGGUGUGGAGUGUGCCAAGUGCACAUUACUGAGGGCACACGAACAACUGAAAAGCCUUCUUGGCGAUCUCUCGGAAGACGAAGAUCUAAUCGAUCGGUCACAAUCGCCAGGCUUGUCAGAGGCUGUUCGAACUUCUGCGGAGGCCAGGCUUGCGGCCGUGAAGGCGGCCUUGGAGGAGGAUGAUUUUGCAGAAAAGACUUUGGCCGAUAAAUGCCACAUUCCUUCCAAAAACCGAGUCACUACCACCAAAUCACGACAGGCCGUUAUUGCGCGGGCUCCCCAGUGUCUCGCAGUUCACAUCAACCGCAGUCUCUUCGAUGAGAUGACAGGCAUGUUGAAAAAGAACCAGGCCGCAGUCAAAUUCCCCAAGAUUCUGGAUCUGAAUGACUGGUGCCUCGGGACUCGGAUUGCCGAGAAGUCCGGGGACGCGAUCGAGCGAUGGGUGACCAACCCUUCCGAGACAAUGCUACCUCGCCCAGGCGAGUCUGUCCGUCUUCCCUGCAGGCAGUACGAACUGCGAGCCAUUAUCACACACUACGGUCGACAUGAAAAUGGGCAUUAUAUCUGCUAUCGCAAAUACCCUACUGCAGAGUUUCCUGCUCCUGUCCCUGACGAGGUUCUGCAGGCCGAGGGGGACAAGGAAAAACCCGAGCGGUGGUAUCGUCUCAGCGACGACGACGUGCAGAUGGUUAGUGAAGGCAAUGUCAUGUCACAGGGUGGAGCUUUUAUGCUCUUCUACGAAGCCAUCGACAUCCAACUAUCGGCUCAACCCGAGGAGCCCAUGAAGUCGGGAUCUUCGCAGUGCGCUCACGUCGAGUCAGUUUCCAAUUAUACCAUGUCCGAGGACAUGUCGACUACUUCUAGCCCCACGGAUCCUGAGUCCAGCACUUCUCGCGCAACCAGUGUUUCGACUCCAGACCGCAACUCACUGCCUAUUGAGGAUAUGAAGGCUCCUGUCCCGUCACUUAAGAUAUCCAACGCAGUUGAUAUCAACACCCAGGAUUCCGGCGACACACUUGGGUCGCCGUAUGCUAUUCCUGCAUCAUGA